GAGACUCACUUCCAAUGUUCUGUUUUCAUUGAUGGUUUUCAGUUGUAAAGUUAAUUAAAUCUGUUGAUCUUUCUGCUUAAUUUAAUUUAAUUGUUUCCACGAGAACUCAAUUAUCAUUUGUAUUGACAUCUUUUCUUUUUGAUUGACUGUGAAUUGUGACCCAUACCCAAUGUAUGAAAUAUAUUUGGACGAGUCAAAUGGCUCCAUUAGGGAGGAAGAUGAUGAUAUACCAAGUGAAGACAUAGUUGAUGUUAAAAUAGAUUCUUCUGGUAAGAUCUCUAAUGAUGCUAAUGAUUCUGAUAAAAAAGGUGAUUCAGAUUUGGAUAAAUCAAAAUCUAAAAGUUCUCCUGUUAAAGAAGAAACCAGAGACUCAAAAGAUGCUAAAGAUGGCAAAGAAACUAAGGAUGGUAAAGAUUCAAAAGAGACACGGAGCUCAAAAGACUCUAAAUCUUCAAGUAGUAAAGAUAAACAAUCUCAUAGUUUAACUUCAUCCGGAAGUAAUAAUGUUUGGGUUAGUGGACUGUCUAGUAGCACAAGAGCUGCUGCUUUACAAACAUUGUUCAAAAAAUAUGGUAAAGUUUUGAGUGCCAAGAUAAUUACCAAUCCUAGAAUCCCGGGGUCAAGAGCUCAUGGAUUCAUUACCUUAGAAAAUGCUGAACAAGCGGAGAAGUGUAUUCAAAAUCUCAACAAAACCGAAUUAGAUGGAAAAACAAUCUUUGUCAGCAAGAAUCGGCCUAGUGAGUCAAGCUCAAGCUCAAGCUCACGCCAUAAAUCCAGCACCAGUAGUUCCAGUAAGAAAGAUAAGCCAAAGGAGAAAGAUUCAAAGUCUAAAAGUGAUGAAAAUAAGGAUCCAGACAAGGAAAAAUCAAAAGAUGAUAGUAAGAAAAGUGAUGACAAAAGUUCUCAUGAUGAUGAUAAGAAGAAGAAAGAGAAAUCUGGUGACAAGGAUAAGGAGAAGGAGAAAGAUCGACCAAAAGAUCGUGAUAAGGAGAAAGAGAAGACCAAAAGCAGAGAAAAAGAUAAGGAUAAAGACAAAUCGAAAGAGAAAGAAAAGGAAAAGGAAAAGAAAAAAGAAGACGAUAAAGAUCAAUCCAAAGAAAAAUCUGACCGAGAUAAAGGUGGUGAAAAAGAAAAAUCGAAAGAAAAGGAUCGAAAAGAUGACAAAUCUAAAGAUGAUGAUAAAAAAGACGAAUCCAAGGAUGAUAAGAAUAAAAAAGAUCGACCCUCUAAAAGUACAAGUCGAAGUAGAAGUCGUGAUCGACGAGGAUCUCAAAGUCCUCCUAGAAAAUUAUUACGUAGACCAAUGGGUCGACGAAUGGGCCCUGGUUUCAUGGGGCGUCGAAUGAAUACCCGUGGAAGAUCAGCAAGUUCUCGUCCUAAUCCUGUUCUACUCAGACGAAUUGAAACUGAACGUGCUCAAAGGCGCAGAGAGCGAGAUCGUGAAAUCCUCGAGUCCAAAAGGCGACGCAUUGCGUUGAUUCGAACCCAAAGGGAGGUUGAACGUAAAGCUCAAGAAGAACGUGAUCGAUUAGAACGUGAGAUGGUUAAAUUGCGCAUUGAACGCGAGCGAUUGGAACGUGAAAAGGCUGAAUUGAUAAGGUUGGAGAGAGAAAAAGCACGUCUCGAGCGCGAACGUAUUGAACGAGAACGUGAAGAAUUGAGGAGAAAACAAUUCCAGUUACCUCAUCGUAUUGAUGAUAGUCCACGAGGACGAUCAGGUAUCAACAAGAGACCAUAUGAUUCCCGAGCUGAUCCCAGAGAAAUUGAUAUACAUUGGGAUGACCGUAAAAGGAUGUCGGCACCAUCACCAGUCACACCAUCAGGGCGAACCUCAUUUAACGGACCCGUUGCAUCUCGAAUGUCAGAUUUUGAUGCUCGACAUGGCCACAAUUCAACUCCAUACGAUAAUAAAGGAGCCAGUUAUCGUCGAAUCAAAUUGGAGAAUCUUUCCUCUGGAGGUGGUUUGAAAACUGAAUACGAUUCGAGAAGAGAUUCAGGUCGACAUGGUACUAGUGGUGGAGGUCAUGAUCGUGAUGAUAGACGAAGCACAGGAGGCUCUGGAAGUGGAUACUAUCGUGAUUCAGCUCGAAUGACCGGUGCAUCCAGAGAUCGUGAUAGAAGAGGAGGAGGAGGAGGAGGGGGAGGUCGAGAUGAUUGGAAAAGUUCACAUGAUAACCGUCGUGAUCGUUAUUUAGAUAAAGGAUUAUCGUCCAUGGGUACAAGUUACUCUGCUGGAGCCUCGUACUCAGGAGGAAGUGGCGGAGAUUGGGGAGGUGAACGAGGGUCAUCCAGUAUGUCCAAACUUUCAUAUCCAGCAGGACCUUCAGUUUCUGAAUCGCGAUCUCGAGGAGCAGGAAUGGGAUCAUCAAUGAUGACCGGAGGUGGAAAUCAAAUGGCUGAUCUUUAUGACAAUAGUUCAAGUAUGCCAAUGCCUGGGAUUUUGUCUCAUGGUGGAAUCGGGACAACUUCCGGAUUAAAUUCUGAUGAAAGACCUUACUUGCAUUCUGUUAGGCGAUUUUGAGCUAUUACUCUAAUUCUAUUUUUUUUUUCUUUCUACUUCUCUCUUUCUGUCUGUUUCUCUAUCUUUUUCUCUUAAUUAUUAACUCUCAUCACAAUUUCGUAAAAACAUUCAAACUUUUUUUUCUUUCGAAGACAUUAUACCCACACAACACACACACAUACACCGACACACACCCUCGAAUCUACAUAACAUCUUGAUUGUUGAUCACAAAUUUCAUGGAUGUUAAUCAGGAACCCUAAUCAUCGUCACAUUUAAUCUUAAUCUUGUGGACCUGAUCUUUAAUCAACUGAAUUGAAGACAAUUGAUUCCAGCCAAUGAGCGGAUUAUUAACUUUUUUUUUAACUGAUCUCCAUUUCUUGCCGUCUCAGAACAACAACAAUCUAACUGCAAUCGUGCUGAAUCAUUAAUCUCAAUUGUGACCAAUCCAUUAAUUCUGGAAGCAUGAAAAACAAAUACAUCAGAAAUCCUUGAAGAAAAUGAAAACCCACUGAACAAUUUAUCAAUUUUAAAUUAAUUGUACAAUCAUGUGAAGUUAUCAUUUUGUCUAUCACAUUGAUUGUUGUUAAUUAAUUAAUCAAAUACAAUUGUUCGGUGCAACAUUCUCUGAAUCAAGCAAACAAUUAACCAUUGACUGAAAAUCAAAUUAAUCAGCAGUGAAAAAAAAAUUUAGGCAAAAUUUAAACCAAUUUAAUCAAUUGAUCAUUUAUGAUUAUACAAAAAAGCAUGAAAAGCUUAAUCGUUUCAUGAUCGAUUUUCAAUCAAUAGAUUUUAGGAGACAAUGUGUAUAUAAGAAAUUAUAAUUUGUUUUAUAUCCUUUGCCUUUGUUGAUGAAAUUUGAGGAUAAAUUUCCAUCAACAAUUGUAAUUAAUCCUUUAAUUGCGAUUUACUGAUUGUCUUUAUAAGUAGAGCAAAAGGAAAACACUGAUUACAAUUAUCUCGUAAUCCUUUUCUUAAUCCACUUCUCUGGUAGUGGAAGUUGGAAAAUAAAUGAAAUUUGUGUUAA